AUGGCAAAGUUAGUAAAAAUAUUUAUAUCUGCAUUUUCUAUUAUUUGCAUAGCAUCCAGAAACUUUCUUGUAAUGGCUGUUGGUACUCGAGAGGAAAGGUUCUAUAGCUCAGAGGGCGGCAAUCGAGGACCUAGGCACGAGCCACAAAAUCCAUCCCCAAGCAGCAACACCAACGCAGGGCAGCCAAACUAUAGCUCUUCAAACACAUCACCUGCUCCAGCAAAACCAGAGCCUAAGACAAUUAAUUUCUACACGAAUAAAAAUAAUGUAGGGUUUCUUUACAACGUAGGCGCCAAGAAGUUCAUAGGAACUGAUGCUCAUAGAUACUGGCUAAAGGCAGUAGAUGAGGCAUCUUCCCCUCUUCCCAUUGAAAUUGUGGUGUCUUAUGGAAAUGGAAUAGGAACAUAUACAGAAAUCAUCUCAGUAGACAGCGUAAAGUCGCCUAAUGAAGGCAAAAGAGCCAAUACGGACUUCCAUUCAGACGUAAAGAGAUUCGAUGUAGGUGGAGGAAAAAACAAAAAAACCUGUUAUUUAUAUGGUCACACCUCUACCUAUAAUAGAUUUUCAAUAACCCCUCCUUAUUACAAAGGAGAUAGUGCAUUUAAAAUAUUAAGAUCUUCCUUUUGUUUGGGCGUGACCUCAGACAACUCUUUAAUGGAGUUGCCUUGUGUAGAUGAUACUACUGAAGGAGAGGGCACGGAAGAGAAUGAUCGACAGCUUUUUAAGUUCUGCCGCCAAAACUCUGCAGAUAAAUGCUAUUACUAACUAAACAGUGUAUAUUAAACAUCUGGCACCACUUAUCAGUGUCUAGACAUCAGCUAUCUCCUAGGCACAAUAUUACAUUAUGUGAUACUAAACAAUUCAUUUUAUGCGCAUUCUUUUACUUGGAUGCACAAUAGAAGAAAUCUUCUUAAUAAUAAUUAAA